AUGAGGGAGUGCAUGUACCCAAGUCUGACUGAGGAUCAAGUCAUGGAAGUUCUAGACAACACGCUCAGGGUUGCUGGAAUGGAUCCGUUUUUCGAUAUCGUACUCUUCAACGAGGAUGCCCGCAACUCAUAUGGAGAAACGGUUGGAAGCAAAGUGCUCGAGGCCGCAACUUUUGUGCUGAUUGAUGUCGGCGCCCACUUAUUUGGCUACUCAUCCGAUAUUUGUCGUACAUUCUUCCCUCCAUCCUUUACCAAACCCACCACCGCAGCCGAGGUAGCCGCCCUAUCCCCUAUUAUCCGCACGAAACUCAGUGUCUGGGACACUGUCCUUGAAGCUCAAACUCAAUCGAGACAUGUUCUCAAGGGGUUGUUCGUAAUUUCGGUAGACUCGUACUGCUUCCUCCUGGUGUAG